UCUUCCAUUUCGCUUAAUAUAAUGGAAAGCUGAAUUGAAUCAAGAAAAAAUCUUGAUGCUAUAUAUAACAGAGACAAUGGUAAUAAGUCUAAAGCAAUUUGGUAUCAUAGCUUUUACUCCAUUAGAAGAAGAUGGAGAUGAUGGGUAAGAAGAAGAAGUGGCAAAUGAAGAACGAAAGCGCGAUGGCGUUAUUGACGGUGUUGCUGCUGAUAUUGUACUUUUGGAGGACGAUGAUUCCCGCCGGAGAAAUGAUGAUGGAGGCGGAGAAGAAGAAGGAGGAGGUGGCGAAGCAGAUAAUAGUGCUGGCGGGGCAGAGCAACAUGGCGGGGCGGGGAGGGGUGGUGGCGAGGAUGGUGGACGGGGAGAGGAUCAGGAUAUGGGACGGGAGGGUGCCGGCGGAGAGCCACCGGAAUCCGGCGGUGUUCCGGUUCAGCGAGCAUUUCGAGUGGGAGUUAGCGCAGGAGCCGCUUCACCAGGGGAUCUACUGCAACAAAACGUGCGGGGUUGGGAUUGGGAUGGCGUUCGCGAAUAGGCUGCUGGAAUUGGAGCCGGAUUUCGGGGUGAUCGGACUUGUGCCUUGCGCCGCCGGCGGGACGUCGCUUGUUAACUGGACCAGCGACACUUAUUAUCCUUACAAGAUAUUCUUGUCCAGGACGAGGACGGCCAUCAAGAAAGGCGGAAUCCUCCGGGCUGUUCUCUGGUACCAAGGCGAAAGCGAUUCCAAGUUCUAUGAUGUCGGAAAAAGCUACCGGAAAAACCUCGAGACAUUGUUCCGCAAAAUGCGCAGCGAUUUGCUCUCCCCUACGCUCCCCUUCUUUCAGGUGAUAAUUCCGCACCCAAAACCGCCGUUCAAGGGGCCAUUCACGGAAGACGUGAGAAAAGCACAGACGGAAAUAGACAUUCCGAAUGUGAUAAAAGUGGACGCAGAUGGGCUUCCGAUGGGACCGGACGGCAUUCAUUUGACGACGGAGGGAUAUGUCCGGCUAGGAACCAUGCUGGCGGAAACAGUUUCCAAGAACAAAUCAGUAUUAUUACCCAACAAUAACACUACUGUCUCCUCAACCAACCACACUUGUGGAUGUCCUUAGUUAGUUUGAGGUUUACGUUUCAUGGAAACAACAAAUGCUUUCUAGUUUUCCAGUUUCCACGAACGCAAAUUGCUGUAGAUUUGCUUGAAUUGAAGAAGAACGAAUCCAAAAACACUUUAUGAUCAAUUGUAUUAGUGUUCUUGCAGUACUUAGUACAAUUACAUAAAAGAAAUUUGUUAAUUAGUAUAGUUAUAUAUAAAA